AUGAUUUGUAAUGCAGCUGGUGGUCUUCUUCCAUCGUUAGCACAACAACUACAUCAGACAUUCGGUACUGUUGUUCUUCCAUGUUACGGUAUGACUGAAUGUAUGCCCAUUUCAUGUCCACCCAUUGACUAUCAGUUGGAUCGACCUGGUACUUCGGGUAUUAUCUGUGGCCCUGAGAUACAGAUAUUUGACGAUAAUGGACAACACUUAACUAAGUCAAGUAAAGUCGGACGCAUUUUUGUUCGUGGUCCACCAUUAUUCGAUGGCUAUGAGAAUAUACCAUCAACUUUAACGUUCACAGCAGAUGGAUGGUUUGAUACCGGUGACAUGGGUUAUUUAGACGAGAAUAAAUUCCUCUAUGUCACUGGACGUACAAAAGAAGUAAUAAAUUCCGGUGGUGAAAUCAUAUCGCCGUACGAAAUUGAAGAAGCUGUUGUCAAAAAUCCUCGUGUUCGUCAGGCGUUGGCAUUCUCGGUCGAACACGAAAUUCUACAGGAAACUAUCGGUCUUGUUCUAGUUCCAUCUAAUCCUGCAUCGCGUAUUGGUCUUACUGAGCUCCGAAAAUUUCUAUCCAAUUCAUUACAUCCAUCAAAAUGGCCACAACUAAUUGUCUAUAUGAAUGAUCUACCAAAGAGUCAAACGAAUAAACCAUUACGGAUUGGUCUGGCACAACGCCUGCAACUAAAGCAAUUGAAAGACUCAGACUUAAUCUGCAGUCGUGCCUAUGAAGCAAUGGCACCACCACGGACUUCAUCCAACAAUUCUUUAAUCCCUUGCCAACUCGUAUCAUUUGAUAAGGAACAGAUUUGCAGCGUUUUUAAUUCACAUCCACUAAUUGUUAACACUGAAUUAGUAAAUUCAGUUGCUUAUGUUGUAAUUAGUGAACCAUUGGAUAAAGAUGCGAUCUGGGAAUAUUUAGAUACCCGUUUACAUAAUUAUCUUCGUCCAAAGGACAUAAUUAUUUUAGAAGAAAUUCCAAGAGAAAAUGAAAAAAAUAUUCUACUAGAUUUGCUUCCAACAGUCAAUACAACAAUAGAACAAGAGCAAAAGCAGCAAAAUCCAGUAGAUUUUGUCUUAAUCAAAAUAUUUUCCGAGAUCUUCAAUUUAGAAGACUAUACAAAGGCUACAUUGAAUUCAGAAACGGACUUUUUUCAAGUCGGUGGUAAUUCACUGAAAGCUGGAACUCUAAUUAAUAGAAUUCGUCAAGCAUUCGGUGUAAUGUUACCAGUAAUGUCAGUUUAUUCGCACAGAACAAUACGAUCGCUCCGGACUUUAAUUGAGAAACAAAAUCCAAAUCUAGUUACAACGUUGUUUGAUCAACAGCAGCAACAGAAUGGCACUGGAAAAGAUCCUCGUAACGGUGUAACUGGUACUGAUGACUAUGAAUCGUCUAUUACUGUAAAAUUGAAAUCCCAGACAUGUUCUAUUGCGCUUCUAGUUCAGUUACUGUCACUAAUUUUAUUGGCACCCCUUCGUAUUGCUGUGCUCUGCUAUUUAUUUAUUAUUAUUCUAAUGGUGCUAAGUGAACAUUGGAAAGUAAGCGAGCCGUGGGAACAGGUUCUUCAGUUAGUAUUUGCUAUACUUUUAUCACGACUGAUAUCGGAUUCGAUUGUGUUUCCUGCGACUAGUUUGUUAGUGAAAUGGCUUGUCAUUGGAAAAUAUCGACAUGGACAGUAUCCACUCUGGGAACAAUACUAUCUUCGAUGGUGGUUUGUUGAUCAAACCAUUCGAACCUUUGGCUUUGGCAUAUUUGAAUUGGAUAGUACACUGUAUAUCAUUUUUCUAAAACUAAUGGGUGCUAAGAUUGGUAAAAACGUGACAAUCGACUCAGAUGCGAAAAUCAAGGAAUUCGACCUUGUUACAAUUAAAUCGAAUGUUGAAAUUAAACGAUGCGUAGUUAGUCCAUUUACUCUUAGUACCGGUCAUAUGAUACUAGCGCCGAUUCAAAUCGAUAAUAACUGUUCAAUUGGAUUAAACGCACGACUCUCUCCGGGUGCCACUAUUCCAGAUGGUACAAGAAUUGGACCACUGUCAUCAUCAUACAAAAUAAGUACUUCUUCUGCCACUGAACAAGAACCACUACCAUCUUCACCAACAAUUUUUAACAUUGUCUUCCAACUUCUGCUCGGCUGGCCUGUAGUAAUACUUGUAACAAUGCUGUCAUACAUUCCAUGGAUUGCUUUGCUCCCUCUUUUAACUGAUCGAUCUUCUCAUUCUAUGGGAUUACAUUCUAUUAUGUCGAUUAUUUACUAUUUUGCCCAUGGAAAACGUGUAGCAUUUCAUUUAGUGGCACUAAUAGCCCGUGAUACUAUAAGUCCAUAUAUCUACAUAGUCUGCUGUAUUCUUGUCAAACGAUUAAUUAUUGGUAAAUUUAGAGAACAUGAACAAGAAGAACAAAAAAGCACCUAUAGGAGUAAUAUUAAACGACAAAUUCAUUUGCUACGACAUUGGUUAAUGCAAAAGCUGUUACCUGGUGGUGACCUCAAUGGUUUCUCGCGUUUAGUAGGUACGCACUAUGAACUGAUUAGUGUUGUCUUUCGUCUUCUUGGUGCCCGUAUUGGAAAACGUAUCUAUUGGCCUGGAUCUGGUUUGCAGUUUUAUGAAUACGAUCUUCUAACUGUUGGUGAUGAUGUUGUUUUCGGUUCACGUUGUUAUCUUCGAUGCUCAAAUGAUGAAAAAACACACAGUGCUAGAAUUACUAUUAAAAGUGGUACGAUGAUUGCUGAUCGAUGUGUCCUCUUGCCUGGUGUUAUUGUUGAAGAAAAUACAAUUAUGGGUAGUGGCAGUCUGUGUAAAGAGAACUCGACAUAUCCAGCUGGCUCAAUAUGGCUUGGAUCUAGGCAAGGCGACGCAGUACUGUGGCAUCAUGGUGCAGGACGAAAGGCAGCAUUGAAAACAGAAACAAUAACACCAUUUGGUAGAGCAUUCUACGAAGGUGAAGACACUGGCUAUUGGGUUAUACCACUGGGGUUACAUGUUAUCUAUAAUACGUGCCUGAAUAUUUUUCAAUCGAUUCUCUGGACCACACCGAUCAUCGCCAGCUUUCAACUAAUUGCCCUUGUAUUUAGACACGAAUCAGAGACGUCGCUGAAAACAACUGUUCAAAUCUGUGCAUAUACAUUCUUUUUAUUUUUCGUCUUUCUUCAGUUCUUCUACACAGCAAUUGUAUUGUUGACAAUGUCCAUUGAAAUUCUGUUCAAAUGGUUGCUAUUUGGGCGACGUCAGACAGGCAAAUAUAAUUGGGAUAAGUCGUCUUAUUGUCAACGAUGGCAGUUAUUCAUUGAAAUUCAACGUCUCAAACGGACUGUCUUACAAUUAUUCAACGGCUCGUUCUAUCUCUGUGUUUAUUAUCGUUGUCUUGGCUGUCGUAUUGGUCGUAAUGUCUGUCUCUAUCCAAGUGGUGCUGAUCCGAUGAUGAGUGAACCCGACUUAGUGACAAUAGGUGAUGAUUGUUGUAUUGAUGAUGCAUCAAUAAUUUGUCAUCUAAAUACAAAAGGGCAAUUUACUUUAAACUCCUUGGUUAUUGGUAACCGCUGUGUCCUACGAUCACAAAGUCGUCUAAUGUCUGGCGCAAGUAUGGAGGAUGAUUCAACGUUGUUGGAACAUACAUUAGUCGUGAGUGGUGAAAGAGUAGAUCAGGGAUCAGUAUGGCAAGGAUGUCCGGCAACAGAUGUUACGAGAACGUUUCGUGAAUAA